ACUUCAACGGUCACACUAAUUGCAUGUUAUGAAAACAGCGGCCAGCGGCGUGCGUGAAAAAUGUUUCGGAAGACUUUUAAUAACUUACCACGCCUUAGUCAGCUGUACGCGGUGCCGGCACGCCUACAAAACACACAGACUGCCCAGGCGCCGACACCUGCUGAACCAGAGGACAUUGACGUCAUUGAACAACGCAUCCUCAAACACCCGGAUUACUUCCAAGUGAAUAAUUUGUUUACUGUGCGGGAUUUGUUCAAUGCGCGCGUACACUAUGGUCACAAGGAGGGCUCACUCGACGACCGCAUGCGGCCAUAUAUAUAUGGCAGUCGCUUAGGUCACUUGAUCUUCGAUCUGGACAAGACGGCUUCCCAUUUGCGUGAUGCACUCAAUUUCGCGGCCCACAUUGCUUUCCGAGAUGGUAUUAUAUUGUUCUUCAAUCGCAAUGCGAUAAAUGCCCAUCUAGUUGAAAAGAAGGCCAUGGAGGCCGGCGAAUUCUCGCACACGCGGUUUUGGCGUGGCGGAAUCUUUACAAAUGCCAAUGUUCAAUUUGAUGCAGUUACUCGGCUGCCAGAUCUGUGUAUCUUUCUUAAUACACAAAACAAUGUAAUGGCCCAACAUACGGCUGUACGCGAUUCAGCCAAAAUGGCCAUACCCACCAUUGGCAUCGUCGACAGCAAUUGCAAUCCCAAUUUAAUCACGUAUCCAGUGCCUGGCAAUGAUGAUUCGCCCGCCGCCGUGGAGCUCUACUGCAAUCUAUUCAAGGAGGCCAUUUGGCGUGGCAAGCGCAAGCGACGAGAACUCUUAGGUUUGCCUCCGCUCGAUGAGACACAGUUCAAGAGCAGCCGCAGUCGCUCGAGCAAAGUUAAAUCAGGCUAAGCUAAUGAUAUACAUUUAUAUUUGUUGAAACAUAAUCUAUAUAAUACAUACUGUGUUAAAAAA